UCGAUUUCUUUACACGAUGAACAGCAUUACCAUCCUAUUUUUUGCCAAGGAAGAGCCCAACUGUAGGUUUGUUCCAAUAUAUCCCGACGCCUUUAAGCCAGUAAAAAUUCCAUUUCAAAAGGGUCCUGCUCAGAAAUUCUUUCAGCCUAUGGGAACUGGCUUUGACUUGGGAUUUUUCGAGUUGGAUGACCUCUCAAAACCUUCGCCUUCUGAAGACGUUUUCCCGCUCGUUAUAUCAGCUGAGACUUGCUCACCCUCUCAGUCCAACGAUGAACGAAUUGGUGAGCCUCAACCAGAUAAUUCACAUAUGCAAAUCACUCAAGCUGUUCUGGAGAAGAAAAAUGGCAAUCCUUUCCAAGUUAAGGUGAUCCGGCAACUACUAUGGAUUGAUGGAAUGCGUUAUGAGUUGCGUGAGAUAUUCGGUAUAGGGAGUUCGUCUUCAGAAGGUUUUGACAAUAACGACUCCGGGAAGGAGUGUGUGAUUUGCAUGACCGAACCCAAGGAUACUGCUGUAUUACCAUGUCGACAUAUGUGCAUGUGCAGUGAGUGUGCCAAGGAACUGAAGCUUCAAUCUAAUAAAUGUCCGAUUUGUCGUCAACCGAUCGAAGAACUUAUAGAAAUCAAGAUAAAUAAUAGCAAUCAGUGAGAAUUACCUCUUCAUCCUAUGUUCGAUUUCAUGGUAUGGCUGUUAAAUUCUUUGUUUUUUUGUGUCAUAGU